AUGGCGGGAAAGGACUACAACCACCUGUUCAAGCUGCUCAUCAUUGGAGACUCCAGCGUCGGGAAAAGCAGCCUCCUCCUCCGCUUCGCUGACAACUCUUUCUCUGGCAGCUACAUCACCACGAUCGGAGUGGACUUUAAGAUCCGCACCGUGGACAUCAACGGGGAGAGGGUGAAGCUGCAGAUCUGGGACACGGCCGGACAGGAGCGCUUCCGGACCAUCACCUCCACUUACUAUAGAAACACUCACGGUGUGAUCAUCGUGUACGACGUGACAAACCCAGAAUCCUUCGUGAACGUGAAGCGAUGGCUCAACGAGAUCUCCCAGAACUGUGACACUGUCUGCAAGAUACUAGUUGGAAACAAAAAUGACGACCCGACGAGGAAAAAGGUGGAGACUCAGGACGCUCAGCGCUUCGGAGAAUCUGUGGGAGUGAGAGUGUUCGAGACCAGCGCCAAAGACAACAUCAACGUGGAGGAGAUGUUCAUGGAGUUUGCCCACAUGGUUCUUCGCGCCAAGAUUCAGAGUCAGAACCGAGCGGAGCGUGAGAGAGAGAGAGAGCGCGACACGGUGAACAUCGGGGCUCAGAGGGACCGCGACCGACGGAAAAGGAACAAGAAGUGCUGCUGA